AUAUACGUCUAUAUCGACGAUAUCAUUAUUGCUAGUAAGAAUAUAGAGGAGUACCUCAAGUAUAUUAAAACGGUUCUUAAUAUCUUUAAUAAGGUAUAUAUUUAUAUUUUAGUAGAAAAAUCUUUUAUAGCCUACCUGUUAGUUAGACUUCUCGGCUAUAUAGUCAACGGUGAAGGAGUAGCUAAGACGGACGAUAGAAUCGCUAUAUUUAAAAAGCUUAAGUUUCCUAACACUUUAGAAACCUUAGAGCAAUACCUAGGUAUAGUUAGAUAG